UAGUGACCGGUUCCUCGUCGGGCAUCGGAGAAGAAAUCGUUAAACUGUUCUCAAUAUUAGGGGCUAAUGUUGUGGUCACCGGAAGGAAAGCACAGGACGUUCAACGAGUGGCCAAAGAGGUCCAGGAGUUGUCACCACUAAAAUUGAAAGUCAAAUCGCAAUUAGCAUAUUCAACUGCUAAAGCAGGACUCGAUAUGUUGACCAAAAUAUUAGCCCUGGAAUUGGGGCCCAAAG